GUGCGCACACGGGCUCCACUGUUACGCAUCGGUUGGUCAAGGUGUCAAUGCGGAAUUUACCUGGGAUUUGGAUUUUUAUUUAGAAAAAAAGCAGUAGUGUCUUUAUAACAAAACUCAGAUCUAAGCACUACCAGCGGACUGUGUGUGUGUGUGUGUGUGUGUGUGUGUGUGUGUGUGUGUGUGUGUGUGUGUGCGUGUCUGUGUGUGUGUGUGCGUGCGUGUGAGCAAGUUUUUCCGUCAUGGGAGCGCGUGGAUGGAGCCCGGCGAGUCUCAGUUGGUUCGUUGUUUGCGGGUUUCUCGCGUUUUUCUGCGGGGGGAUCGUCCCUUGGGCCGAGGCGGGCUGCGGGGAGAGGGAGAGCCCCAACUGCUGCACCGGCCGGGACAACGAGUGCCUCGAGUACAGCAGGAGGAAGACGGCGUGCUACUGCGAUACCUACUGCCAGAAAACCGGAGACUGCUGCGAGGACUACCAGCGCGUGUGCCAAAUAUCUGCAGCCAUUGACUGUGUGGUGGGAUCAUGGGGCCCCUGGUCGCCGUGCACGUCCCCGUGUGGGGUUGGCAGCACGGAGAGGAGUCGCCAAGUGUCCGUCCCCCCUCGGAACGGAGGUACGCCCUGUCCGGACCUCAAGCAGCGCCGGGGAUGCUUCGGGAACAACGCCAUAUGCAGCACAGCGAAAGAGGUGGCAAAGAUCUUGCCGGAUUCUUUUAAGAGGAACUUCAAGGACCCUUGGCGGCGACCACACAUGCUGAUGAAGGAGGAGAAGGCCAGCUACUGUGUGUACCUGCGGGUGAAACAGGCCAGCGCAGCGUGUAAACUCAAACUGUGGAGUGCUCAGCUGGUGAGAGAGAGGCUGGUCUGUGCCGAGUGCCAGAGCGACGCCAUGUCAAAGUCCGACCGCUGUGGAGGCGACGGCCUGGAGAGCACCAGAACGUUCUGGGCGGCGGCCUCGGUCCCGGGCUGUCACGGCUCCUGGGUGCGGGAGUCGUCCUCCGAGGGCUGCCUGUGUCCCCCCUACUCUGUUCUCUUCGUGUGAGCUGGAACGCAAACUGCUAGACGUCGGCGUGCGCGGGAGGGACGACCAAGCCAGACCCAACUCCCCCCGCCUCCACCCAACAACACCUUCCGAUCCAGAUUACCGGACGGGUAAAACUCAAGGAGAUCUAUAGCAUCCUGCCACAUUUUUCCCUCUGAUCAUACUCUGUACUGUACACACUAUUAACUUAGCACACAGAAACACUCGCAUUUAACCUUUUACAGCCACGUUGUGUACUUAUCCUCCUCCAAAGCACAGCAACAUCUAUUGUCUUUUUUUUUUUACCUCUCAAUCUCUGCUAUCUACCUCCAUCAAUGCAAGUGCAUUUGUAAAUGCAUAAUGUAUAAAUAUAUAAAUAUAUUAUUUUGCUUUAUACAUUUUCUACUUUUGAGCGUUGUACUUGUAAUGUAUAUGGGCCUUUAUAGCCACAUUUAUUUGUAUCCAACAGUCGAAACACCAAACGGCAGUCAAGGCCCUCAGCCAGGGGGGCCCUUAAAUCGCUCUGAGAACUGGUUCAUCCAAAUUCUACCCAGUCACUAGAACCCCCUGAGUCAAUAUAUCUGUGUUUUUACAGUGUUGUCCCAAUUGUUGCUUCUUUUUUUCUGACAAAAACAUUUCUACCAGCAAGUCAAGCUGAACAUCAGGUAUUGAUUCUCAGGUGCUUUUGUCCCCAUCAAGCUUCUUUUUCUCCCUCACGUGUGCCUCCUCUGAUGUUUUAUUAGUAGUUGAAAGUGACUCAUAGCGUCUGUCGAGACCCGAUAUCGUUGGAGAGAGAGUGGGGAUGGGGGGGGGGGGAAAUAAGAGCCAUUUAGGAGGAUUUCACUGCAGUUCUCUCUGCGUCCAAGACUGAAAAGAAGUUUUCUCUCUCGCUUCCUGCUCAGAAAUCCUCUUUACCGUCACACGUUAGCCAUCCAAUAGAACUUCCAUUAUACAGCCAUGUUACUCCCACUGUAUUCGUUAACACAAUCUCCUCCCAUUGCUGCUUGAUCUGCACUUCUUUUUUUCUUUCUCUGCCCUCUAAGGACUUUAUGCUUUCUUAAAAAAAAGAGUCAGUCAACUGGCACUUUCUGGUUCCAGAAGAGGACACGAGUGUGAAAAAAGGGCUUUUCUUCACCGGAAAGCUGUGACUCACUCUCUCUCUCUCUCUCUCUCUCUCUCUCUCUCUCUCUCUCUCUCUCUCUCUCUCUCUCUCUCUAUCUCUAUCUCUCUCUCUCCAUGUCUCUGUGUUUGUGUGUUUAUUUAUUAUAAAACAAGUGAUGAUGUUAUUUAGUGCAGCACAGCAUACUCUGUACACUGUCCAUAAGUGAAAAAUAAACUACU